AAAUUGAACUAAACUGUUCGUCUUUUAUUUAGCGUCCCUCUCCGUUCCGUUUGUUUAGUUUUAAAAGCGAAAUAAACCGAGUGUCUUUUCUACGUUUUUUGGCCAUGUCGAAGGCGUUUCAUGACCCUAGUUUGCUUACGAAGGACCGCUUGAAGAGGGAAUUGGAAAGCAGCGGUGUAAAGCUGCCACGAGGCGACCAAAAGAAAGAAUUUUACGUUAAACUAUACCGCGAGAAUUUGUCCCCAGAGUCCGGACAACACAGCUCUCUAAACGGUGAAUUCAGUUCAGAUGACGAUGGAGACUUUAAUAAUUCUCCAGAAGCUAAGCAAAUAGUACCGCGAUCAAGUCGUAGUAUAAAAAAAGUUGCAUCUAAAGAUAUUGUGAGUGCAGACAUUAAAUCCAUGACAGAUGAUGAACUUAAACAGGAGUUGUUAGCAUUGGGCUCACCUGUUGGACCAAUCAUGGACAGUACAAGAGGACUUUAUGAAAGAAAACUAGCGAGAAUGCGAGACAGUUUGCCAAGCAAUGGUACUAUGACAAUAACAAAAUCUGAGUUUUCUGAUGACAACUUUGAUGAGUAUGAUGUACGAGAUGAGGAAAGUGCUCCAGAUGAGGAGUUCUUUUACAAACACCAAGAAAGAACUACACCAAGUGGAGCCAACUUUGGUCGAAGUUUCACAAAAAACUUUCAAGAUACCACCUCAAAGAAAGAAGUCACCCGAGACUUUUCUGUUUCCUCAUCACGAAACGUUGAACGGAGCAAAACAUUUGAUCGCAAAACUAUGAACAAAGUACGCACAAAGAAAGGAGAUAAAUUUGAGGAGAAGAAUUGGUCCAGUUCAACUAGUAAUGAGAAUGGAGAGGAAGAUGAUGGUGAUGGCGAUGAUGAUGUAUUACAACAGUUACCUGGCUUGCCUUCAAAUUUCCAACAAGCAUUGACUGCUGCAAGAUUUAGUCCAGACAAAUCAGCUGCAGCACCAGCCACAGAGGUACGGGCACGACGCUCGCAGCAGCAGACUUCUGAAUCCAUUCCUGAAAAUAUUCCUGAAACUAAACCUGCAGAAGAAAAACCAAAAACAUCAAAACAAAACACCUCAAGAAAAUUACGCUGGGUAUUGUUGAUUGUUAUCUUACUUUUGAUCACAUUCGCAGCUGCUGUCGUGUAUAAUUUUGAGAAACUGCCUGCUUUGGGUAAACUCACUCACUCUGCUUUGCCUGGAUCAUCGCAGAGUGGUAAAAAUUCCACAUAACAUUUUCAUGCACAAGUUCUGUUUAUAGCUUAGUAUAAACUGCAUAGCAGAGUAUAUACUGUUUGUACAAAAUUCAUUACAACUACAUUUUCCAUUAAAAUUAUGCAGAAAUAUACAUUAAGAUGACUUUGUGUUUAUAUCUUGGCAACAACUAUAAUCAAAGGAGUGUUUAGUUCUGUAAAA